UCUACCAACAAAGUAAAACAUGAAAGCCACUUUCACUAACUUGCUUGUGCUUCUCUUCAUUGCACUUGUUUGUGCAAAUGUCGGUGCUAGGAAACUUAUUUCCGGAGAUACUCAAUUCAAGGAUGAAAAAUCCUUCCUUGGCGGCGGUGGAACCGGUGGUGGUCUAGGGCUUGGCCUUGGCGGAGGAGCUGGUCUGGGUGGGCUUGGGAUUGGGGCUGGGAUUAAUGCUGGAGCUGGACUAGGGCUAGGUAAAGGCGGUGGGGUUGGCGGUGGACUUGGUGGCGGCAGCGGUGGAAUCCUCGGUGGAGGCGGUGGCGGAUUUGGUGGUGGUGGUGGUCUUCCUUGACGGAUAGUCAAGUGCUUGUGUGUGUGUGUGAGCUCAUUCGCAUCUUAAAGUCAUUUUCAUUGUCAUAAUAAAAUUAGAGAUUAAAUUAAUGGAAUCUGUAAUAAAAGAUUUCAGACGCCAAAAAAAGAAUUAAGAGAAUCACAUUUACAGAUUUUAUUUAAACUAUUAUGUUUUUAUUAAUUAUGUAUUCAAAAUAUUAUGUUUUGAUUAAUUAC